AUAAUUGUGACAUGCCUUCUUCUCUGAUGUUAAGGAAAAUCACAAUUUUGGCUUAGAAUCACGAAAAUGCCAGCCGGCUCAUACCAGGUACCUGAUUCACUUCGGCCGACUUCUCGCCUGCCCCCUCUCAGUUGGCUUCCCGCCUAAACCUCACUCCAAAGACUCUUACCGCUGCCUCAAUCUGGCCGUGUCUGAGGCCCUUUGACCUCGUUCCUCCUCUCCUACUCGCGUAGUGUGGAGUUGUAGGAGAAAACAUGGAGAGAAUUCACGUUUCCGUUAGGGCGAAACCACUAUCUCUUGAGGAAGCCAAGACCAGCCCUUGGCGAAUCUCUGGAAAUUCAAUUUUCCUCUCAAACCAGACUACACCAAAAUUUGACUUUGAUAGAAUAUUUGGGGAGGAAUGCAAGACAUGUGAUAUUUACCAAGCUCGAACAAAGGAGAUUGUUUCAGCUGCUGUUAAAGGAUUUAAUGGAACUGUAUUUGCAUAUGGCCAAACAAGUAGUGGAAAGACGCAUACCAUGAGAGGUUCAAGUUCUGAACCAGGAGUCAUCCCUCUGGCAGUUCAUGAUCUUUUUAGAUUCAUACAAGAGGAAACGGAUCGAGAAUUUCUUCUAAGAAUGUCAUAUAUGGAAAUAUAUAAUGAAGAAAUAAAUGAUUUGUUAGCUCCUGAGCAUUGGAGAUUACAGAUCCAUGAAAGUAUUGAGCGCGGGAUAUUUGUUGCUGGCUUGAGGGAAGAGAUUGUUGCUUCUCCAGAACAAGUACUUGAGCUUAUGGAGUUCGGAGAAUCCCAUCGCCGAACAGGAGAAACAAAUAUGAAUUUGCAUAGUAGUAGGUCUCAUACAAUAUUUCGAAUGAUAAUUGAAAGUAGGGACAAAGCCGAACAUGCAAAUUCAUAUAAUUCAUGCGAUGCAGUUCGUGUAUCUGCUCUGAAUUUGGUAGAUCUGGCUGGUUCAGAGCGUGCUGCUAAGACAGGAGCAGAAGGUGUUCGUUUGAAAGAAGGUUCACAUAUCAAUAAAAGUUUGAUGACAUUAGGAACAGUUAUAAAAAAGCUAAGUGAAGGUGCUGAGAGCCAAGGUGGCCAUGUUCCUUACCGAGACAGCAAGCUCACACGUAUUUUGCAACCAGCGUUAGGUGGAAAUGCAAACACUGCAAUCAUUUGCAACAUAACUCUUGCUCAGGUUCAUGCAGAUGAGACUAAAAGUAGUCUUCAGUUUGCAAGCAGGGCAUUACGGGUUACAAACAGUGUUCAUGUGAAUGAGGUUAUGCUCCUGAUCAACAUUUGAUACACAACCAGACUUGUCAAUUAGCUUUUGUCUUUUGGCAAUAUAUUGAGAAGACCUGAUGGUCGCAGACAACAUUGUGAUGCCUUUUCCUUUUAUAGCUUUAUCAUGUGUUUUCCAUUUCUUUACUGUUGAUAGGUAUUGACUGAUGCUGCUUUACUCAAGCGUCAAAAGAAGGAAAUUGAGGAGCUUCGAGCCAAGUUGCAGGAUUCACAUUCAGAACAUCAUGAGGAUGAAGUUCUCAAUUUGCGCAACACUUUAUUGAAGAGUGAAUUAGAAAGAGAGCGGAUUGCAUUAGAGUUAGAGGAAGAAAAAAAAGCUCAAGCAGAAAGGGAGAAACGGCUGCAAGAACAAGCCAAGAAAAUUGAAAACUUGAGUACCAUGGUGCUGUGCUCGAACAGAGAUGAGAGCCAUGAUGUCCACAAGAAGGAGAAAAGGCGUGAUACAUGGUGCCCGGGUAAUCUUUCAUGGAUGAAUGCCAAAGAGUUGUACCCAGCAGUUAAAGUAGAUCUCUCUGCAGUCAAACCCAUGGGAGCAGAGCAUGAGCGGUGCUCCCUUCUUCCUUUCGAAGAAUUACUGGAUCCUGAUUCUGCCGGUGUCUCAUCCCGUAAAGAAAAGGGUUUUCAUAAUAUCCAAUCAGAAGAGUUUAGUGUUCCUGAGCAUCGAGCUAUGGUUCAUGUUACUAGCAGGAGAAAGGGGAUCCCCAGGAAGAAAAUCCUGCAAACUCAAACUGUGAAUGAGACGCAAAUUCAUGGUUUGACAAGGAAGGUUGCUGAUGACGAGGCUCUUCAGAUUGACAAAGUUAAUGAUUGUUCAAUGCACUAUAACAGUGACAAGAUUCUCCUGUCGGGGAACAACUAUUUAAGAGAGUCAGAAGCUAUUCUUGUAAUUAAACAGCUCCAGGAAAAGAUCAGAGUUUUAGAGAAGGAGAGAUCCUCAAGCCAAGAAAGUUUGGACAAUGUAGUUGAGUUAGCAACUGAGCAAACAUUAUCUGCAAGGGUGAAAUAUGAAGAGAUUUAUCAAGAGUUAUUAGAUGCAAAAGAGGAGGCAAAGGAAGCCAGAGAGCAACUUGCUUCAGUGCAAUUUUCUAAUGAGAAGAACUCGGAGAGCCAAUUUCUGGCAGAAGUUCAGGAAAUGAUGACAGAAGUUGAAAGUUCGAGAAACCUUAUUGAUUCUACUGUUCCAGUUAUAGUGGAUGAUCUUUUUCAAUUAUACUCUAACAUAUCCAGUUUAAUGAAUGAAUUUAAGGCCACAAUACCUGAAAGUUCCAUGCAAAUAAAAUCAAUCACUAAAAGCCAGGAGAAAUUAUGCUCUUGCUUGAGUGCGAAAAUUAAUGAACUUGAGGAUGAGAAGGUGCUACUGCACAAACAAAAUUUGGACCUUCAAGUUCAGAUAGAACAACUACAAAAAGUCAUCCAGGAUUCUGAGGAUGCAUUUGUUGAACACUCAGAACUAUAUGAAGGCGAGAAGUUUGAGCUUCUUUCUUAUAUUGGUAGUCUUCAGAAAGAAAUAUCAAGCUUAUCUUCUUCAUCCCUUAACAGGGAGAAGGAAUCACUUAGAAAAGAUUUGGAGAAAACAAAAGCAAAGUUAAAAGAUACAGAAGCAAAACUGAAGAAUGCCAUUCAAGAGAAAACAAAACUCGAGAGUGAAAAAGCUUGUGCGGAGAGGGAAAUCAAACUCUUGCAUGGACAGAAGGCUGUUUUUGAGCGUGACGUAAACAAAUAUGACUCCCUCAUUGGAAGAAGGCGCGAUUCUGCUAUUGAUAGGGGCUCAAAUGCAUUUGAGGCAAAAAGGGCCAAGGGAUCAUCCUCUUUAGCGGAACUGAGUAUGCAGGAAGACUUCAAGAAACUUGAAGUCCUUGCGUUUGAGAUGGAGGCAACUAUUGCUUCACUGGAAGAGGAACUAGCAAACUCAAAUAAGGAAAAAGAAGAGGCAGAGAGUAGAGCUGAGAGUUUGGCAUCUGACAUACAGACAUUGUCCGAUGAAUUAGAUGUGUCCAAAGCAGAGCUAAGUGCUUUGAAGGAAGAGGUUUUGCAUCUUACAUCAACUUUGGAGGAAUCUAGGUCUCAUCAUCAGGGAUUGAAAAGCACCAUAAAUGCAUUGUCUGGAGAGAAGGAUGACCUUGCAAUGCAACUUGCUGAUGCCCUUUUAAGUAUAGAGGAGGAAAAGGUUAUAUGGUCUGCCAAGGAAAAAGCUUCAGUUGAAGCCAUCGAAGAAAAAACAGACUUAUAUAAUGCUGAGAUUGCCUCUCUAUCCAAGGGAUUGUCUGAGGUGCAACAUGAACUUGAAAUUUACCGAGAAGAGUGCAAGCUCCUAAAAGAAAGUUUGACACGUUCAGAGAGAAGUGCAUCACUUGAAAAAACUUUCUGUAUUGAGAAAUCACUAGAGAUUGAUCAGAUCCGAAAUGAACCAAGAGUUGUCGAGGAACACAGCACAAAAACGCAAGAGGCGUUGAAAUCAGAACUGCAAGUUGUCUUGUUGGAACACCACAGCACAAUAGAAGAAGUAGAGAGACUUAGGAUGGAAUUAAGCAUGCUCAGCAAAGAAAGGGAAGGCCUACUAGCCCGAGCCAAAGAGUUGGAUUUGGGAGAUGAUUUUCAGGCGUUGAAAUCACAUCUGGAAGUUGUUUCCAUGGAGCACCACAACACAACUGAAGAGGUAGAGAAACUUAGGAUGGAAUUAAGCAUGCUAAGCAAAGAAAGGGAAAGCCUAUUGGCCCGAGUCAAGGAAUUGAAUCUGGGAGAUGAUUUAAAGAACCCAAAGCAUGAACUGAAGCUUCUAAGGGAAAAACUUGCCAGUCUAGAGGACAAGAUGCAUAGUGAUCGGGUUGAAAGCAGCCUCGAGAAGGCUAAGCUUAGGAUGAGACUCCACUGGACCCAAAAGAAGCUGGAUGCAUUCCGAACAAAACAUAUAGAGUUGGUGAAUGAGAUGGAUUUCAUGAACAAGAAAUUUGAGGAUGCUUCAAAAGAAUUAAAGCAGCGCCUGGCUUUGUGUGGUCAUGAAAUCCUCAACCUUAAGAAGCAGCUUGCUUCCUACAAUGAGGGGUGACGCAUUCAUUAUUUGUAGCCUAGACAGUAUAACUACUAGGAGUAUAUAUGUUAGAGACUCGAGGCAGCAAAAGAAGGAUGACAAAUAUUUUGGAAGAGUAUACUCUCGAAGGAAGUAAAAGAAGAGUAAUUGUUAGUUAUACUCUAAUAAAUGUAGGCGGUUGUUUUACUUACUAUAAAUAGAAGAGUCGGGUGAAAAGAAGUAGGCUGUUUAGACUCAUUUGGUCUGGGACUGGGAAGUUGGAGUAUUAUCUCCUUCUUUGGGACCUUGUACUCUGUUUUCCGUCAGUAAUGGAGUUUUACUGUUUUCUGUGAA